AUGGCGCCUAUAGCGCUCGAAAACAAUGUCGAAGUAGGCGAGAGUCUUCCACCAGCAACCGAGCACGCCGUCAGUGUCUCACUGCCAACCUGGAGAGCAAAUGUGGGAUACGAAGAGGGUGAAGAAUGGGUCGUCAGCAAGAUGGUGACUGGUUACCCCAGAUUUUUCAUCCACAAGCUUAUCCAGCGAUUUGUAACUGCAAUAUUGGACAAGUAUGGGCAGGAGGGUGAAGGAGCCAUGCUAUUUCCAACACAUGCCACCGCCUCCAGAUGUCGAGACUUUCUACUGCGGCAAACUCCUGAUCUAGAUGUUACCCAAGUGCGGAUUCUCAACUUUGUUCCAGCUGCUGAGAAGGCUCGCACGGAGGAACUAUCAAUCAUUUCACCGAGAGUCUCGGCUGUAUCGUUUCCCCAGGCCCGAUUCAGUAUCGCGAAGCAGUUCUGGCAACACUCCGGAGACGGUGUGUCCAGUCGGAGAGCGGAAUACUGCUAUCAUUUGUUCACAAAGGGUGUACUCGUAGAAUCCUCUACCUUGAAACAGCCCUCUAGGGCCUGUAAAGGACCAAAGCGGUAUCGAAAAACGACAUCUAUUGAUCUUGGAGAGUCAGACAAUGAUACGGACGCGGCUGCUGAAGUUCAAGAUCCCACUCAAUUUGUUGAAGAACGCUUCGGAAGGAAUCUGGACCUUUCAAUGACCAAGAAUGCAAAGCUGGCGAUACGAAGACGUAUUGCGGGAUCGUUGACAGCAGAUGUUGCCUUAUCAGAGGCAUUGACUAUGGAGAAGGAUACCACCAUGACACGACAGGUCGCCGAUUUCUCUGAAGAUGACGUCUAUCUUUACCCGACUGGAAUGAGCUCAAUAUUCAACACUCACAGAAAUCUACUGAGGGUGAAAGGACCGCUAAAGGCCAUUGUCUUUGGUUUCCCGUACAUUGACACAUUAAAGAUCACUGAGAAGUUCGGAGUCGGCUCUCUCUUCUACGGCUUCGGCUCCAACGAAGAGCUUGACGAUCUCGAAAGGCGAUUAGAAGGCGGUGAGAGAUUCAUGGCUUUGUUCACAGAAUUCCCGGGGAACCCACUUCUCAGAUCCCCAGAUCUAGAAAGAAUACGAAGGCUAGCAGACCAAUACGAUUUCUACGUGGUUGUUGACGAAACGAUUGGCAAUUUCAUCAACGUUAACGUUCUCCCCUAUGCCGAUGUAGUUGUCAGCAGUCUCACAAAAGUUUUCAGUGGUGACAGUAAUGUCAUGGGUGGAGGUCUCGUCCUCAGUCCUAAAUCCAAGGACUACGCCCUUCUAAAACGCGCUUGGAAUGAAGACUACGAAGACAAUCACUGGGCAGAAGACAGCAUCUUCCUCGAGCGCAACAGCCGCGACUUUGUCUCCCGCAUCGACCGCAUCGGUACAAAUGCAGAAGCCAUCUGCGAAGUACUCUCCUCACACCCUCGCGUCAAGCAAGUAAACUACCCCAAGACCAGUCCUACACGUGUCAACUACGACAAGUGCCGUAAUCCCAAUGGCAACUAUGGUGGUCUACUUUCUGCGACGUUUUACACGAGGGAUGAUGCGAUUGCGUUCUUUGAUAACCUGGACACGGUCAAGGGACCAAGUUUGGGUACAAACUUUACACUUAGCUCGCCCUAUGUCAUUCUGGCGCAUUAUGGGGAGCUGGAUUGGUGUGCGAAGUGGGGAGUCGAAGCAGAUCUGAUACGGUUCAGUGUUGGACUCGAGGAGACGGCGAAGUUGGUGGAUACUUUCAGGAGAGCGCUGGACGCGCUGCCAUAG